AAAUGCUCCCAGGUGGGGUAGGUCAAGGAAGUAGAGCAGGCAGCGAGGCCGAAAGCCAAGCAGGCAUGCGCCGUCCAGCAAAACCCUCCCCUCUCCCUCCCCCUACACCCCCCAGAGUAGACCCGGAGAACAAGUUAUGCCUCAGAGGUCGCCACCCCCUCUGGUGCCAGGGGGCCACCUUCUCAUGCUCCGCCCCUGUUAGUCAUGAGCUAAGUGUCAGCUCCCGGGUAUGCCCGGUUGUGGCGCAGCCGGAGUUGCUCCCGUAGCCCAAGGGCAGCGCCAGGUCGAGUCCCCGGAGGUCAAAAUGUCCCAGAACCCGGGGAGGCGGCCUGUACAGACUGAAAAGGACCUCAGGGGAUCCGGAAGGAGCAAAACUGCCUAUCACAAGAUCAUCUCAGAUCAAGGCCCCACGGUGAGCAUUACCAGUUACAGGAGGACCUCUUCACACCGGAGAAUCUGCCCCUCGGAGAAAUCUUGAGGAACCUUGUCCUGAGAUAGCUGAUCAGCUUCCUUGGAUUUUGCUGAUGACCCAGGAGAGCUUUGCCUGAAGAUGGAAACACUGGAGUCGGAGCUGACCUGCCCUAUUUGUCUGGAGCUCUUUGAGGACCCUCUCCUGCUGCCCUGCGCACACAGCCUCUGCUUCAACUGUGCCCACCGCAUCCUGGUGUCGCACUGUGCCACCAACGAGUCCGUGGAGUCCAUCACCGCCUUCCAGUGCCCCACCUGCCGACAUGUCAUCACGCUCAGCCAGCGCGGUCUAGACGGACUCAAGCGCAACGUCACCUUGCAGAACAUCAUCGACAGGUUCCAGAAAGCGUCCGUGAGCGGGCCCAAUUCCCCCAGCGAGACCCGCCGGGAGCGGGCGUUCGACGCCAACACCAUGACCUCCGCCGAGAAAGUCCUCUGCCAGUUCUGUGACCAGGAUCCUGCCCAGGACGCUGUGAAGACCUGUGUCACUUGCGAAGUGUCCUACUGUGAUGAGUGCCUGAAAGCCACUCACCCAAACAAGAAGCCCUUUACAGGGCAUCGUCUGAUUGAGCCAAUUCCGGACUCGCACAUCCGGGGGCUGAUGUGCCUGGAGCACGAGGAUGAGAAGGUGAAUAUGUACUGUGUGACCGAUGACCAGUUAAUCUGUGCCUUGUGUAAACUGGUUGGGCGGCACCGAGAUCAUCAGGUGGCAGCUUUGAGUGAACGCUAUGACAAGUUGAAGCAAAACUUAGAGAGUAACCUCACCAACCUUAUUAAGAGGAACACGGAACUGGAGACCCUCUUGGCUAAACUCAUCCAAACCUGCCAGCACGUGGAGGUCAAUGCGUCACGUCAAGAAGCCAAAUUGAUGGAAGAGUGUGAUCUUCUCAUUGAGAUCAUUCAACAAAGACGGCAAAUUAUUGGAACCAAGAUCAAAGAAGGGAAGGUGAUGAGGCUCCGCAAACUGGCUCAGCAGAUUGCAAACUGCAAGCAGUGCAUUGAGCGGUCGGCAUCACUUAUCUCCCAAGCGGAACACUCUCUGAAGGAGAACGAUCAUGCGCGCUUCCUACAGACGGCGAAGAAUAUCACUGAGAGAGUCUCCAUGGCAACUGCAUCAUCCCAGGUCCUAAUUCCUGAAAUCAACCUCAAUGAUACCUUUGACACCUUUGCCUUAGAUUUUUCCCGAGAGAAGAAGUUGCUAGAAUGUCUGGAUUACCUUACAGCUCCCAACCCUCCCACAAUUAGAGAAGAGCUCUGCACAGCUUCCUAUGACACCAUCACCGUUCACUGGACGUCCGAUGAUGAAUUCAGUGUGGUCUCCUAUGAGCUCCAAUACACCAUAUUCACCGGGCAAGCCAAUGUCGUGAGUCUGUGUAACUCUGCCGACAGCUGGAUGAUCGUGCCCAACAUCAAGCAGAACCACUACACCGUUCACGGUCUGCAGAGCGGCACCAAGUACAUCUUCAUCGUCAAGGCCAUCAACCAGGCGGGCAGCCGCAGCAGCGAGCCUGGGAAGUUGAAGACAAACAGCCAACCAUUUAAACUGGACCCCAAAUCUGCACAUCGGAAGCUGAAGGUGUCCCACGAUAACUUGACAGUAGAACGUGAUGAGUCAUCAUCCAAAAAGAGUCACACGCCUGAACGCUUCACCAGCCAAGGGAGCUAUGGUGUCGCUGGAAACGUGUUCAUUGAUAGCGGUCGGCAUUACUGGGAGGUGGUCAUAAGUGGAAGCACAUGGUAUGCCAUCGGCCUUGCUUACAAAUCGGCCCCAAAGCACGAGUGGAUCGGCAAGAACUCUGCUUCCUGGGCGCUGUGUCGCUGUCACAAUAACUGGGUGGUGAGACACAACAGCAAGGAAACCCCCAUCGAGCCAGCCCCCCAUCUCCGGCGCGUCGGCAUCCUGCUGGACUAUGAUAAUGGCUCCAUCGCUUUCUACGAUGCUUUGAACUCCAUCCACCUCUACACCUUCGACAUCACAUUCUCGCAGCCUGUGUGCCCCACCUUCACGCUGUGGAACAAGUGUUUGACCAUUAUAACUGGCCUUCCGAUCCCAGACCAUCUGGACUGCACAGAGCAGCUGCCGUGAGCACUGGGCCAUGUGGAGCUGAUUUCUGGGGGAUUAAAAAGGGCCGUGGCCACCAUUUCAGGGACCGAGAAAGCACAGGCUUCCAGAGUGUGAUUAAAUCUCGCCAAAAAGUGUCCAGAAAUCGGCUAGGAUAGGACUCAAAGUAGGCGAUUCUCCCCCUUUGCUGUCUUUUGUAUUAAGUACACGCUUUAAUAAUUUCUUCAAUUUUUUUUGUAUCUACAGGAAAAAUUAUAGAUUAUUUAUAAAAGAAACAUAACCGGAAUUCCAACUCUUAGCAAGUAUUUGGUUUUGCACAUUAAGAGGCCCAGAAGCGUACGGGCUCUUCACAACAGCCUUCGUCUCGUCACGCUCUGUGGGCUGGAGGAAAAACUCUUGUAGUUUUGUGUGCUUAUCCACCUUCUCGCAUCCUCAUAUCUCAUACCAAUCCCCUUGUAGGUCCUGUCGCCCUGACAGUGCAUAAUAGAAUAUGCAAGUAUCUUAAAAAUAAAACAUAGCUUUGAACCUAGUAGGGCAGUAAACGGGCUUUCUUACUGUGGUUUAUUUCGAAGUGUUUUAACUGUGAUGUCAAAAACGUACUGGCUCAACCGGAACGGAGAGCAAAAGAGAGAAUUGAAUGAAUUGACUCUGGAGCUUGGACUCCACCAUGGCCCAGUCUUUAAUCACCCUCCAAUGGCUGGUGGGGUAAUGUUGGAAAGAAAGGUUGUGAAGCCUUUGGCCAUGUGUGACCUUACCUUUCCCAGGAUUCAGGAUUCUGGGAGAACAUUAAGAAUUGAGAUUGCAAUUGAGAAUAGUCUCUUUGAAUCCUACUGAUUUUUCAAAACGUCUGAGGCUGAUUUGUCUUUGAUCAGAAGUAGGGUUCGGUUUCAUGACAUAAGUCUAUUUCGUUCUUCCUUUUAGUAGUGUCUUUAGGCCUGUGACAUUACUACAUUUAAUAGCUGUCCUAUCUCCCUCUCCCCCGAAUCAUUUUUCUUCGCUUGCUGGGGCUGAGGGAAUAAACAUUUUCUGUUACAAAUGGCAGCACCACUCUGGAUUGACUUUGCUCUCCAGGACAUCAACACAUGGCCCUGACUGUCUCUACCACGUCCAAAUAUAACUCACCCGGAAAACACUUAAUAUUUAUGAGUUGGUAGUGACAAGGGACGUUGCGUAAAGUACUAUUUACUGGUACACGUGCCUCGAAAGUUAUAAAAAGACUUUUAUUAAACACAUCUUGAAAGAUGUAGAGGACCCUCUGUGUUCUAGUAUAGUUUACGAUAGAGUUGUGAAACAAAAAAACAAAACAAAAAAACAAAAAACACGCCAAAAAAAUCAAACUAUUGCCGCGCUGGAACCUGCUAAUAGAACCAGCUAAUAAGCUGUCAGGUGGGAUUCUGGGCAUGCUGAUCCGGUAAGAUGGAACGGUCCAUGAAAUAAGGCUUUCUUAAGCAGUCCUUGGACCCGGACCAGGAAUCUGGCAUUGGUUCUAUCUUGACGAAGGGCAUGAUACCUGUAAGUCAUUUCAUUUGCUAAUGUAUUGAUCUGAACUACUGGGUUGGCCAUUUUGACUGAACAGACUGAUGAAUUUAAGCAUUGCUUCUUAGCAAUUUCGUUGUUAACCAAAUCAACCAAUUGCCUCCCUGAAAUCCAUCCACAGACCCACUGUUUUCAGCAUCACGUCAUGUGACUGCGAGCCCGGACCCCGUGGGCCACGUCAUGGGUGUUUCUGUCCCCUUCACUGGCAGACACUCUCCUUUUUCGUAACAGAUAGAGUUUAUAUAUUUACUAUAUUAUUUAUACCCAGAUGAAUAUUUUGAUAGCUACUUAGGACAAUUUCACAUCUAACAGAUGGACACCUCAAUGGAAAAAAAUUAAUCAUUCUCUGGAAACGAUGUUUUUGGUUUUUUUUUUACGACCUAAAACAAUGUGUAUUUGCCUUCCUGGACAAACUGAAAGGGUUGUAAUUUUUACAUACUGUUUUGGUAGCUGGAUAAUGGAUAUUUUAAGGCACUUUGUACACCAACAGGUUUUAAAUAAAAGGGUCUAAAACUCAGCAUUUACAAGGACGAUAUUUCCGUGAAUAUAAUGUUUUUCAACGUAAAGAAGUUACUACUCAAAUUUUCACCGCAGGCCAUUUAGUUUAUGUUUUGGCUAUUUUUAUAAGGAUGAGAGGGAUUAUGUUAUAAUUUGGUUGUGGAAGUCUCACUCUUUGGUAACUUAAAAACCUUGUGGAUAGUAGCAAUUACUAUUUCCCUGUUGUCCUAUUUACAGGAAAAUAUGUAUAUGGUGAAAGGCCACAGUGUUUCCUUUCGUUGCCGUAAUGAUGUAGAAAAGAUUUCCAUGUGGAUUUUUUUUUUGAGAGUCUAAAAAAAUAUAUGCUAUAAACAUUUGCUGCAGUACAAUUCUUUAAGUGGACUGGGGUCACCGUAUUUUGUUUUCGAGAUCCAUAAAUUAAUACAACCAAAUUGAUGCGGUGCUGACCAAGGCCGCCAGGUCUGACGUCAUGGGUGUGUGAACAGGUGCUGUCACCAUCUUGAAAUCCUUAAUAAUUUGUGAAUAAGGGGCCUGCAUUUGCAUUUUGCGCCGGUCCUCCUAACGGAACUCAGGAACAUGGUACCUCUCUUCCUGGUGGAUACAAAUGAAGAAACCUGCGUCCGGUGUCAAACGUGGCUGGCCGUGUCAUUCAAGGAGGAAUCUAGACGGAUUAAGAGGAGAGCGGGCGUGGGUGGAGAUUUUCUUUCCAGCUUGAAAAAAACAAAAAAAUGACUUCAAAAACUGACUGCAAAUAUUGACGAUGAUUUCAGCUGGAGAAGAGGGAACGGCCUGAUGACGAACGGGCGGUUCAUCACGGUACUGAGAUGUUGACCCUGAACUUGCCAAGGAACUGAACCGGCACCGUCCAGCGAGCGUGGGAUUCGGCUUCGGCUCCAGGCACGUAUGCGGUGCCUGAAGAGACACACGCACGUACGCUCGCCUACGUGUGCUUUUGGUGUUGGGAAGUUGAUGAUCUGGUCUACCUGUGUGAAAUGUUAAGCAGGACGCGGGAGGAUGUUUUUGAAAUAGUGCUUCUCAGCAAGGGGGCGAUUUGGCAAUGUCUGGAGUCAGUUUUGGCUACCCCCGCUUGGGAGAGGGCGCUGCUGGCAUCUGGAGGGUAGAGACCAGGCAUGUCGCUCAGCUUCCCACAGUGCACAGCGCAGCCCCCCACAGCCAAGAACGAUCCGGGCAAAACAUUCGAUGCCUGAUCUCUCGAAAAGAAAAGGGGACGCUUCACUGCAAAAGCUUCACUGCCGUGGCUCCUUCGGUUUAAACAAUAUUUACGAAACCGUUAUGAAAAUCUGGAAUCUGGAAGGCGGUCCAGGCCUGCGCAAACGGGAAUCCGGUGACUGGUGUCACAGAGAUCUGGAUGCGAUCUGCUUAGCUUGGAAAGGCAGAGUGGACUCUGUAGGCCUGCUCCUUCACCUGAACGAACCUGGUCCCUGGUACUCGAGUCGCAGUGCCACGCCCUCGGCCCGGACUGUUCUCUCCAUUGCUGUUGCUUUCUGGUUCAAAAUAAAAUCAUUUUUGUGGUUCCGAGGCCCUC